AUGAGAGCAAACAUGGCUGCGGCUACGGCGAUCUCUCAGCUCGGAUGCUUCUCCGCCGUCCACCGUAGCAUGCACCUCCGCCGCCGGUCGCUUCUAUUCCCUUCGCCUCGCUCCAAGUUAUCAGUUGCUAUGAGUCUGGAGAGGCAUGACACAGAUACUGCUGGGACUGAUACAAAAAAUACACUAAGUUAUGCAGCUGAUGUGUCAAAGCCCCAUGUUGAAGAAAAGCAGAACUCAUAUUCAACAGAAGACGACCAUGACGCUGAAAAAGUAGGUUUUGGAAAGGCAAUACAAGAAAGUGUUGAUCAACCAAAGAAGACUGCAAAAAUUCAUGACUUUUGUUUAGGCAUUCCGUUUGGUGGAUUAGUUUUAACUGGAGGGAUUGUUGGAUUCCUUUUUUCAAGGAGUGCUGCAACACUGAGCAGUGGUGUGCUCUUUGGUGGUGCUUUACUGUUGCUCAGCACCCUUAGCUUGAAGGUCUGGAGGCAAGGAAAAUCAAGUUUACCGUUUAUUUUAGGACAAGCAGCAUUGUCAGGGAUUCUUAUCUGGAAGAACUUCCAAAGUUACUCAUUGGCAAAGAAAAUAUUUUCAACUGGCUUUAGUGCUAUUAUAAGUUCUGCAAUGCUCUGCUUUUAUUUAUAUGUGCUUAUCUCUGGAGGAAAUCCCCCACCUAAGAAAUUGAAGCCAUCUGCCAGCACUGCAUAA